CCGAGAGUCGGCGAGGAGAGCGAGGCGGUUAGACUUAUACCACCGCGGCGCGAGAGCGAGACAGCAGCGGCGUGCGCUUCGCGUUCCGGUCAGUCAGCGUAUACCACCGGUGGUAGCGGCGGCUUCGGCGGCUUCGGCGGUGGUGGUUCCAGUCGAUUUGUCGUCAUCGUCAACUUGCGUGUCGGCGAGCUCGCGUGUCUGUACAAUUUAUCAGAGACUCGUGUGGCUAGCGACCAGGAAGUCGCGUACCGAGAGCUGAACAGAUCUCGCGCGGCGAUGGACCAGGUGGUCGACCUGAACGUCGGCGGCGUGUUCUACACGACGGCCGCGUCCACGCUGGUGCAAGCGCAACCGUCGCUGUUGGCCGACCGGUUCAGCGGCCGGCUAGACCCGUUGCCCAAGGACAGCAAGGGCCGGUACUUCAUCGACCGGGACGGCGUGCUGUUCCGGUACGUGUUGGACUUCCUGCGGGACGGCAAGCUGUCGCUUCCCGAGAGCUUCCGGGAAAAGGAACGGCUCCGGCUCGAAGCGGCUUACUACCGGCUGGACGGUCUCACCGAGCGGCUCCGAGAACAGAGGCCAGGCUACAUCACCGUCGGCUAUCGCGGCACGUUCGCAUUCGGCCGGGACGGGCUGUCCGACGUCAACUUCCGCAAGAUACCCCGGAUACUGAUAUGCGGCCGCGUGCAACUGUGUCGCGACGUGUUCGGCGACUCGCUCAACGAGAGCAGAGAUCCAGACCACGGCGAUACGGAUCGGUACACGGCCAGGUUUUUUCUGAAACACACGUCUAUCGAACAGGCGUUCGACAUGCUUCAGGAACAAGGGUUCUACAUGGCCGGCAGUUGUGGAUCGGGCACGGCUGGUGGCACAUCCGCUGCUGAACUCAAACCGGGCGUGGACUCGGAGGAAUGCCGUUGGAAUCAUUACAAUGAGUUCGUAUUCGUCAGGGAUUCAUGAAUUUCGACCACCGACACCGUCACCGAGACGAGACGAGAUGACGAGGGUAACGCGCGCCCGUCGUCAUAUCAUUCAUAAUUUAUGACAUCUCAGACCAAACAUAUUAUUAUUAUCAUUAUUAUUAUAAUACUAUUUUGUAGAUAAUAUUAUUAUUAUUCUAUUUUCGUUUUCCGUUUAAGUUUCUAUAUUUUUUUCCAUUCCUUUAAUUAUUAUUAAUAUACGUAACGUUUAUUUAUAUAUAUAUAAAUAUAUAUAAAUUAUAAUGGUAAUUAGUGAUUAUACCAUUUAAUAUAUAUCAUUAUUAUUUUUAAUGUUAUUAUUAAAAAUAUUACUAGGGUCUAGAAAUAGGAAUAUUACGUUCGAAUAAUAUAUAAUAAUACAAUAUAUAUGAAUAUAUAUAUAUAAAUUAAGUAUAAUAUAUGUUUAUUCAUAUAUAAUAAUAAUUAAUAAACCUAUCUCUGUUCCCUCUCUCCAAUCCCCCCUCAAAAAAAAAAAAAACCAACAAAUUAUCAAAACACCAUUAUUUUAUAAAAUAAAAUUUUAAAUUUUGGCCUAAUUUUAUUAAUCGUACGUAAUACCUUUUAAAUAAUAAUAUGAAUAAUAAUAUUACUAUUAUAUUUUAGGACCAAUUUGAUUAUAUCCCUAUUUUGUACCGAAUAAAAAAUCGGUUUCGUGGUUAUACAAUUAUAAUAUAAUAUAUAUUUGUAUUGUUUUUUUUUUUUAGAAAAAUGAUAGCUAUUUAAAUAGAUAUUAUACAUUAAACAUAUUCAUCGUGUUGCGAAAUGAUAUGAUAUGGUGUUGUAAAUUUCAUUACAUUUAUAUAUUAUUAUAAUAUAAUAUAGUUGCUCUAAAACAUUAUAUAUAAUACACAUAUAAGGUAUAUUCGUUAUUAAAUUAUUAUCAUAUGAUUAAUAUAUAAUAUUAUAAUAAUAUACUAUAAUAUACGUCGAUAUUAAACCAUGCUAUGUAAGAUUAAUAUUUAAUUUAUUAUUAACAAUAAUAAUAAAAAAAAAAAACGAAUAAAAUAAAAAAAUUCAUGCGUCUUAAGUGUUUCAUUAUACGUUUUAAACAAGCGAUCGUGCAUUUGGUGUCUUAUCUACAUCAAUAUAGUGUGUAUGAAAUAUUA